AUGCUGACCCCGAAACCCUCAUUCCGCUUCCUGGCCACAGGCGCCAUCAUCUCCCUUUUUGUCCUUACAUUCCUGUUCUUCGCCCAUCAAUCGCUCGAGCGGGACGGUCAGAAUCAUGGCCUUUCCGACGCGCAAUGUCAAAGUGCAUUUCCAAAGCUGUUCGUGGAAAUUAUGAAGUCCGCGGAUCUAAGGCGCGAGGAUCGUCUUUCAUACAAAGAUCUGGACUCGCGGGAGGUUGAAAAUGGCAUGGUUCGCGCAAUUAUCGAUCGCGGCGAGCUCUACAUUGUCGAGUUUGCCGCAAUGCCUGUAACAGCCUCCCGAGCCCGCGCAACCCUCAGCUCCCUCCAACGCGCCCUCUUAGCCUUCCCCGACAGACAACACCUUCCCAGCAUCGAAUUCGUUUUCACAACAGAAGACUUCGCUCCCAACCCUACAGCGCCUGGCCCAAUCUGGGCUUAUUCAAAGCGCGACGGGGAUGACUCCGUCUGGCUAAUGCCGGAUUUUGGAUACUGGGCCUGGCCUGAAGUGCAAAUCGGCCCGUAUCACGAGGUCCGUCGGCGGAUUGCGGCUAUCGAUAAGGGCGAAGUUGCGGCUGAUGGGUCUCUUGUGCCUGGAAUGGCAUUUGGAGAUAAGAAGAAGCAGCUCGUUUGGAGAGGGAGUCUUGCUCCAAACCCGGCUGUAAGGAGUAAAUUGCUCAAGGCGGCUGUUACGAAGAGUUGGGCUAGUGUGCGGGUGAUUGAUUGGGAUGAUGAGAAUGAUAUUCGCUUUAAUCUUCUUCCAAUUGAGGAUCAUUGUCGGUAUAUGUUUCUUGCUCAUACUGAAGGACGCAGCUUCUCCGGCAGAGGGAAGUACCUUCUCAAUUGUCGCUCGGUCGUUAUCUCGCAUCCGCUUGUCUGGAAAGAGGCUCACCAUGCUGCACUGGUUUCGUCGGGACCGGAAGCAAACUAUAUAGAGGUUGAUAUGGAGUUCAAGGAUUUGUCGCGCAAGAUCGACUAUCUCAUUGAUAAUCCGGAGGUCGCGGAACGCAUUGCUGAAAAUGCAGUGCGGACUUUCAGGGAUCGUUACCUCACUCCUGCCGCGGAGUCUUGUUACUGGCGUCAGUUGAUUAGGCAGUAUGCCUCUGUGUCUGAUUUCGAGCCUGUUCUUUUCUCAACGGAUCGUGAUGGGAAGAGGAAGGCGAGGGUGUGCCCUUUGAGACGUGGUUGCUUACGAGGUGAUGAUUUGCAUGCUAUUUACGAGAAUACCUUCAACGAUCUUUUGGCGUUAGGAUGCCACUUUCAG